AUGAUAAGACAUUGCAGUGUGCAGGCUGUAAUAUCUUUUGCUUUGAUGUUGUUACUGUGCUUCAUUAAGGUGGCUGCAGGACCUUUAGUUUGCUUUCUCAAAUUUGAGAGCGGCUUCAAAGAUUUGAAGGAGUUGAUGGACGUGGGGGGCGGCAUUGGAACCACUCUUGCAAAGAUAACCUCUAUGUAUUCACAGGUUCGUGGAUUGAACUUUGAUCUGCCCCAUGUAAUUGCUGCUGCUCCCAAGCUCCCAGGUGUAAAGCACGUGGCUGGAGAUAUGUUCAAAUCAAUCCCAAAUGUCCAAACAAUUUUAUUGAAGUGGAUACUCCACAACUGGGAUGAUGAGCAUUGCAGGAAGUUGUUGAUAAAUUGCUGGGAAGCAUUACCAAGAGAUGGAAAGGUGAUAAUCGUGGAAAUGGCAAUCUGUGAAGCAUUGGGAAACAAUCUCGAGGCAACGGACGUUCUUAUUCAAGACUACUUUAUGAUGCUCCUAAUGAAUGGAGGUAAAGAGCGAACACUGGCAGAAUUCGAGGAUCUGGGAAAAGCUUUAGGGUUUACUAAAAUUAAGAUCUUCCCAAUGCCUCAUUGGUCAAUUCAUGUUAUAGAGUUUCAUAAGUAAUUAAGAGUACUCGUGUGUGAGUCUCAAUCUGCCAGAAUAAAACGAAAUGGUUGAGAAUAAAAUUUAAAGCAAUUGGAGAGCAAACAAAAACAAAAGGAAGACCUAUUGUACCUUAAUUUCGUGCUUUAAUUUCUGUAUAAUAAAAAUAUAACUUUCCAUUGCUUUGUA